AUGGUUCAAGAGUUCACUGGAAUCCCAGCUCCGCCGCUAUUCAACAACAACUCCGUCGUGAACACCACGCGCCUCAACACAUUCCUUGGCUUGUCUUCUUCUUCUUCACCAAACUCUUACAACACCAAUCUCUUGUUACGACCUUUUGCUCAUAAACUCCUCCCAACGUCUCCUCUCUUAUCCGGAUCACAGAUUCAACAAUAUCAAAACCCUAAUAAUAGUUUCGAGAAUAUGAAUCUACAAGCUCUUCUUCAAGCUCAGAUUUCUUCAAACCCUAGAAGCAAUGAUCACGAUCAGUUUGGUCUUGGUAUGUUGCAGACUCCAUCCACUACUCCUCUGACGUCGACGACGGAGGCGGCUAACGGGAACAUAACCACCGGUGAAAAUGGAAGUUACGGUGGUUCCGAUCAUGAUCAUAAUAAUGACGGUACUUGGUUAUGCUCAUCUUCCGACCAAAGAGUUUAA